CCAAAAAGCAACCUUGUCGCCUGCUGUCGCCAUGGCUGGUGGCUCCAUCGAUCUUAUCGACGUCGUCGUCGUCUCAACUUCCACAACGCCCCCGCACCUCCCCCUCCGAAAGAGAAAGCCACAGGUGAGGCUUUCAUCGCUCCACGGUGGAGCCACCGCGCCUUGACUUCUUCCAAAUCGCCUUCCACUUUCCUCCUUUUUCCUUCUCCCAUUCUGUCCCGGAGCAACAUUUCGUCGCCCUUUACCAGGAUCAAAUAUUUCGGUAGGCUGUUGCUUAUCUCACUGCUUUUUUUCUCCUGCUUGAGUGCUGUAUUUGCGAUUUGUUCAAUUUCUGCCCACGCCGCGCCCUUUCCUUGUGGAAAGAUCAAGUCUUGGUGUCCAAGGUUGUUUUUUGAAAAGAAAGGUGUUCUAGUUGAAUGAAGAUGAACUGCUUUCAUUUCUCUAAUGGAGAGAAGUCACCAUCAUGGUCAAGGAAGUCAAGAUCCACUAGGUCGAAUAGCACUAGAUCUUCAGAUCGUGAUAGGAGAAGAUGUGAAUCCGAUUCCAAUACUUUGCUCGACAUGUUUGCUUUCUCUGGACGAAGUUCCCGGUUCCCUAGCCUAUCACACAGGCCAAACAAUCUCAAAGUAUUCACCUUUAAAGAGCUGAAAAAUGCCACAAAUAACUUUAGCCGUGCACUGAUGAUCGGGGAAGGUGGGUUUGGAUGUGUUUAUAGAGGCACAAUCCAGAGUCCCAAAGAUCCAAGCACCAGCUUUGAUGUUGCCAUCAAAAGAUUGAACCGCGGAGGCCUUCAGGGACACAAGGAAUGGAUAACAGAAGUGGAUGUUCUUGGGGUGGCUGAGCAUCCAAAUCUCGUAAAGUUAAUUGGAUGUUGUGCUGAAAAUGAUGAAAGGGGAAUCCAAAGACUUCUUGUAUAUGAAUAUAUGCCUAAUAGGAGUGUAGAAGAUCACUUAUCAGUUCGCUUUGCUACAACUCUAUCAUGGCCUACAAGACUUGGAAUAGCACUCGAUACUGCUCGUGGCUUGACGUAUCUGCACGAAGAGGGAGAAUUUCAGAUUAUUUUUCGCGACUUAAAAACAUCAAAUAUUCUUUUGGAUGAGCACUGGAAUGCAAAGCUGUCUGACUUUGGUUUGGCCAGAGAAGGACCCAUCGACGAGUCAGGUCAUGUUUCAACAGUGGUUAUCGGAACAAUGGGGUAUGCAGCUCCAGAGUACAUCCAGACCGGGCGCCUUACCGCCAAGAGUGACAUCUGGGCCUAUGGCAUCGUCCUUUACGAGCUGAUUACUGGUCGGAAACCGAUGGACCAAAACCGUCCGAAGAAAGAGCAGAACCUGCUAGAGUGGCUGAAGCCAUACACAGCCGAUGUGAAAAAAUUUCACACAAUCGUGGAUCCAAGGAUACAGGCGGAAUACUCUUUAGAACAAGCGAUGGAAUUAGCUUCAGUCGCGAACAAAUGCCUAGUGCGAAGCUCAAAGCUAAGGCCGAAGAUCAGCGAGGUGUUAGAGAUGGUCGAGAGGAUUGUGCGCGGCAUGGAGAUUGGAACUCAUCCAUUCGUCUCGAAUCCAGGGCACGAGGUACAAUAUUGUAGAGAAGAAAGCGAGCGAAAGGACUUGAAGAGGCAAGUUAGCAGUUCAAAAGUCGACGAAGGUAGAUGGUUCAUGUGGCGACCGAAACUCUUGAGAGCUCAAUGAUCAUCGAAAUGCAAAUGCGAGAAUCUUCCUGCACCUAAACAAUGCCAAACUUGUCUCUGAUUCUGAAAGAAAUGUAAGCAUUAAGCAGUAGAAACUUUUAUGUUUGUGUAGUAAGUUAAAAAGAUUUCAAAUAGUUCCGUAAUAAGAUUUGAAAUCUAAUCGUAAAUAAA